AUGGCACAGUCUGGUGUUCUGAUCGCUCAAUUGCCGCAAGAUGUAUGGAAUGAAAUCUUUCAAUUCGUGUGUCCCGCCACUAUGUGCUGUCUCCGGCUUGUAUCGAAAGAGUUCGACCUCGUGGUGAAAACUAGCAGGAUAUGGCGACAAUGGAGUGUGGCCCGGUGGUUUACGAUACACGAUAUCGAUAAACGUGCUUUGACUGGUGUUGAUGACUUCUUUUAUUAUUAUACUCAUAGACGUACCAAAGAACGUCGGUUCUUGUCCGAUCUAACCCAUUCGAUAAACAAUCUCAACAUUGACGCGACUUUUGAUCAGCUAUGGAGAAUUUUGGAAGAUGAGAAUAUCUACGACAUGAUUCCUCUCCUAUUCAAUUUAUCUCGGGCUAGUCCCACUGGUUUAGAAGGCUUCCCUCGAAAACAUAUCAUUCUCAAUUUACUACGAUCGCUUAGAAGCAAUGUGGGGUUCCAAUUCAUUCACCACCACACCUUACAACAUGACAAUACUAUGACAAUUCCUCUUGAAGAAUGUUUUUUCAAACUUUCGUACUUUGAUCCUUGUUUUGAUGUGUUGCUUCCUUAUAGGAACCUUGUGAUCGAUGAAGUGUUACGAUUAUACCACGAUAUUGUUGAUAACGCUACUAUGCCGUAUUCCCAUACCCAUUCGGUGGUACUACUAGGAACAUUGUUAUUCAAAGUCAAGGAGAAAAACUAUACUUCCAAAUUAUCAGCAAACCAUCUAAAAGUCAUUGUUCAACCGUCGCCUCCUCUGUUGGAAGAUAAUUUUCUACUACGGGUGUACAGUGGAGAAACCCGGGGCAGUACGAUCUUAUUGAACAGUAUUGUCGCAAGAUUAGCCAAUAAAUUGGGAAUCCCUUGCCAUGUUUCAAGAACCGUGAUUGUUGUCAAUGAUUCGAUGGCGGAAAAUGGCCGAUCGAUGGUGUUUGUUAAUAAACGAAACGUUCAAGUGUUCACCAACGCCCAAAUCGCCCAACAUGUACGACAUCAUGGAACCCAUCGUACCAGAAGAAUCAGAGGUAUGCGAAUGGUAGGAGGAGGAGGAGCGUCGAUGGUGGAAUCAUUGGUCAAAGAAUAUUUGGCACCAUUACUGGUUCAAGAUGUUUUAAGCUACGUGUUUGAUUUCAAAUUCCCGCUGGUCACCGAGCUUCUGAGUCUUGCUAAUAGACGAGAUGAUGUGCGGGUCAGGGAAAUGUACGAGACGUUGUUCCCAAUUUCUGGGUCCGAAGUCUCGCGCGAUCGAUUCGAGUAUAUUUCUGCUUACUAUAAGCUCAUGGUCGUUGCCAAAGAGACCUCGACCUCGACCUCGACCUCGAGAAAUGAUCCAUUACUGGCUUCUGAAAGUUUAGAACGGGUUCGGGCUCAUGAGAAACUCGUUGAUGACCUUAAAUUUUCAUAUUUCACCGAUUUACCAUUCAUUAAAAGAUACUGGCCAUUGGAAAUUGACCCCCACCAACAGGAAUAUUUCCAGCGAUUCGCUGAGCAGCUUAAACAAGAGUAUUGCGAUUUAUUCCUAAAGCACUUCAACAUCCAUCCCGAUACCGGCGGUUAUCCAAAGUCACGCAGAUUCCAGGUCGGCGAUGUGGUGUACCAUCAACGAUGGUCGACGUAUGGGAUUGUUGUUGGGUGGAAAGCGGUGCCGAACUAUAGUGCGGUGCUUGAUGGGACUGGGGAGACCACGUAUACUGUGUUUUACAAUGUUUACAGUAGUGGAGGGGCCAGUUUUGUUGGCAGUAUGGGCAAUGAUGGCGGGGGAAUUGGGGGAUCGGUGAGCGUUUACGCACAAGCAGGACUUGUGGGUCGACGAGGCAGAGGUAAUGAGAAUGAUUACGAUGGGGUGGUUGAAGGAAUUGGUGAGUUGUAUUUUGUUGGCUCAGGUGAUGAUGAUGAUGAAGAAGAAGAAGAAGAAGAUGGGUUAGUGGGGCUGAUGAUUCUCCCAGAGAUUGAUGGCUCAAUCAUUAAAGACUUGUGCAGCCAUGAGCUGAUCGGGCUAUUUUUUGAACGAUAUGAUGAUACCAGUGGUAGGUUUAUUGCCACGAAGCUUCUCAAGAAAUUGUACCCUAAUUUAUAA